CCUUCCCUUGGCUUACACAUUCACAUGUGUGUAAAAAAGGAUCUGAUCUACAGGUGCUACGUUUGUUUUACACAUUUCAUUAAAAAGAUAACCUGCUCCGGAGGACCUCGUAUUAAAAGAAGACAGACUAACUUAAAGAAGAAAAAUGACAGCAGACAACAGCCCUAGAAUGAACCAUAAGCCUGUAUUGAUUGGCUUAUAUAUUGUACUCUUUUUCUUCGUUGUCAACAUGUCCUAUUUUUACCAUAGCAGCUCAACAGUUAUAUCAAUGCCAGUUAUUAAAUCGCUUAGAGAUGCGUUAAAAAAACCAGAACCAAUACAACUCCAAUGGACUACAAUAGCCAACACGAAAGCCACUGAGAGGCCUCUCACUGGUAUGUGGACAGUAAAUGCUAUUGGUCGUCUAGGUAAUUUAAUGGGAGAGUACGCCACACUCUACGCAUUGGCAAAACUGAAUGGUCAUGAAGCUUAUAUCUUGCCGGAAAUGCAUGCACAGUUAUCCAAAAUCUUUAAAAUUCGACUGCCAGCAAUUCACCCAGAUGUUCUAAAAUCCAUUCCAUGGAGAAAUUAUGGACUUCAUGAUUGGAUGUCUCCAGAAUACAAUAACAUCCAAGGGGAGUACGUUAGAUUAACUGGAUAUCCUUGCUCAUUUACCUUCUACCAUCACAUAAGGGAUCAGAUUCUCAAGGAGUUUACAUUUCAUGAUUAUGUUAAAAAAGAAAGCAAUGAUUACCUUGCUAACAUCAUAGGAGAUCGGAAAAAUGUCACCUUUGUUGGAGUACAUGUCCGAAGAGGAGACUAUGUGUAUGUAAUGCCAAACACAUGGAAAGGUGUAAUCGCUGACAAGGGAUACUUGCAGAAAGCAAUGGACUAUUUCAGAAACAAGUAUGAAAAUCCCUUGUUUGUGGUGACCAGUAAUGGUAUGGAUUGGUGCAAGGAGAACAUUAACAAUUCAUUAGGGGAUGUCCACUUUGCUGGAGAUGGCAAGGAAGGUUCUCCUGGACGAGACUUCGCCCUCCUGGCACACUGUAACCACACUAUCAUGACUAUAGGGACAUUUGGCAUCUGGGUUGGAUAUCUGGUGGGAGGCGAGACAAUUUACCUUUCAAAUUAUACCUUACCCGAUUCUCCUUUUCUCAGACUUUUCAAGUAUGAAGCUGCUUUUCUACCUGAAUGGAUCGGUAUUCCAGCAGAUCUCUCACCCCUUCUGAAAAAACACAACAAAUAAUACAAUAUCACAAAAUCUAGCAAUUAUUUAUAAAAC